AUGAGCAAACCCGACACCACACUCUUGCACGCUUCUUCCCUGUUCGAUCUAAAAGGGGUCGUCGCCGUCGUCACGGGUAAGCAACAUUAGGCUCGUAAACGGUCCUCCGGCGCGGAGAACUCCAAUCGCCGGUGUGAAGCGCGGCCCCACUUUGAGAUCACUGACAUCAUCGCUUCUCUUCCAUCCCAUGAACGCUCAUACCCUCCCUUCGCUGGGCAACAUCGUAACCCAGCUACACGCUUUUCUUAGGCCGAAGCACUGGCAUAGGCCUGCACAUCGCCACGACCUUGGCCAUCAACGGAGCGACAGUCUAUAUUGUUAGAUUGGAUGAGGAGCAAGUGGUCAAGACGGCGGGCAAGUGGAAUGAGCUGAUGAGGGUUGAACAGCCUCAGAGUAGGGGCAAAGGUGCGGGGUCUUUGAAGGGUUUGAAAGGGGAUUGCGGGAGUAAGGUAUGUUGGAAUGGCUGAUUGGGGAGAAUAGGGCGGGGUGCCCUUGAGCGUUGUGCGGAUGGUCGGGAGAGUUAUUUUUGGCCCUGCAGUGGCCAGGACGAGGCGAAGCGACUGGCGAAGCUGGUGGGGGAGAAGGAAGGUUAUGUCACCGCGUUGUUAACAAUGCAGGUGAGUGGGCAUCCAUCGUUGUGAGCUUGAUUUGAAAGAGGCUUUCCCCUAAUCAUUUGGUCUUUCUUCCGACCGAAAAGGUGUACCGGGCAAAGGACCAACCAAGGUCCCGCCUACAGCGAUUUCGUCGAGGAGUAUAUAUUUCGACAAGUUGGACGAGCAGGACUUUUAUGAUGCCUAUAGGGUGAACUCGUAAGUACGAGCUCAGAGCAGCAACACCCGGUCAAAGAGGGAGAAACGCUGAUUUUUAUAGGAACCUGAAGCCGAGGCACGAGAUGCGUAAGUACGAGAGCCGAAGAUGAUAGUAAAGAUAGUUGGAGAAAGAAGAGAAGCGCUAAGGGAGCGCGCGCGAGGCAGGCACGAGCCGCGCGAGGCGAUUAAUAUCAACAACUAGUAACUAAUCAUAAUCAGGAAGACAAAGUGGGAUGAAACAGCAAAAUACACUCUGACAGAUUUCGACCCCCACAUCCUCGCAGAAUCGGCCCUUAUUUCCUUUCCACGGCUUUCCUCCCUCUGCUCGUGGCUUCAAAGACCAAGGCGCCUUAUGGGAACAAGUUCUUGCCUACCAUCGUUAACACGGCUAGUAUGAACGCUUGGACGAAGGUGAGCUCUCCUCGCAUUCUCACAGCCUCUGGACACUCCGUCUUCACGUAGCCCCUUUUCAAGAAGUCUGAUCCACUCCGACCUCUUUUGCCGAUCCCGCAGGACCCCGCUACAGCAGGCCUUGGAAUCCCUUACAUACUCUCCAAAGCCUCUAUGGGAGUCAUGACCGCCCUCUUGGCGCAUGAAAUCGUCCCACUGGGUGUGAGGGUCAAUGCGAUCGCUCCGGCUUUAUUCGCUUCGGGCAUGACGAGGCCGGGCAUGGUCGAUGAGUGGGGGAGGAGUACGAUUGAGGGUAUGUUGCGAAAGAUCGCCUGAUGGGGGUGAUGUCAGGCUUCGGAACUGAUUCUUGACCAACCCUUUCUCUUUUUCAAAACAUCAUGCAGCAAGCACCGCAAAUGAAGACUUCGGCUUCACCACCCCACUCGGAAGCUCAGGCGACGCCAAUGUUGUGUCUUAACAACAAGAGCAUCGCUCGUUGGGCUCAUAGCCUGUUGUAAAACCAUCCUGGUCGCCUUGACCAGUACACCAAAAGUGAAGGCACCUUCAAGUAGGUGCAUGCGCCGAAUCCUCUUUCAACAGCCAAGGAUGUUGGAAGUACGGCGUUGAUGCUACUCGUUAACUCGUUCAUCACGGGCGAGACGGUCUUGGUCGAUGGAGGUUGUCUUUUGGUCCAUCUGAGCUCUUAUUGAGGCUGACUUGAGCUCGGUUUGAAGUUUCAAGCCGAGCGCACAGACAGGCUAUCGUUUUCAGUGUGCAACUCGAGCGCUCGUAUUGUGGCUUCUUCCUUGGCUCGCUUCUAACUUUCGUAGAGUAUGGCACUUAA